AUGAAGGCAUGCACGUUUGUCACCGGCAACCCCAACAAAGUCAUCGAGGUCAACGCGAUCUUGGGCAACACAAUCCCCAUCCGCACCGUCGCCCUGGAUCUUCCCGAGAUCCAAGGAUCGUUGGAGGAAAUCGCACGCGAUAAAUGUCGACGUGCGACGAUGAUUGUACACCCCAUCUCUCUCUUGUGGCCACAGAAGACACGAAACUGGAAAAAGGACCGACCUCAAGCUAAUUCAAUUACGUUGGGUUCCUUCAAGGUGAACGGGCCUGUGACUGUCGAAGAUUCUGCAUUGGAGUUUCAUGCCAUGGGAAAGCUGCCUGGACCUUACAUCAAAUAUUUUCUGGAAACACUUGGAAACGAUGGCUUGAAUACAUUGCUGGCUCCAUACGAAGACAAGGGCGCCGAUGCGGAAGACUAUGUGUAUGAGAAUCUGCGCUCUAGCUCUCGAGUCGGGAGCUAUCUGGAGUUCUAUAACUCUGUCGCUAAUCGUGAAUCUGGCAAGGGUAAAAUUGUACCGGCAAGAGGGCCGCCCGUCUUUGGGUGGGAGCCAAUCUUCGAAUUCGAAGGGGAGACCUUGGCGGAGAUGGCACACGAAAAGAAGGUAUGUCACGUUGACUAUGCGGACUCGGUUCACAGAUAG